AUGCCUUUUGGACUUAAGGUCGCUCCUUCCUUUCAGAAAGCCACGAUGAAGAUUUUUGCUCCCCUUCUGCAUACAUGUCUCAUUUAUAUUGAUGAUAUCCUUCUCUUAUUAAAAGAUAAGGAAUCUCAUAUACAUCUUCUUCGUGACUUUGCUGAUAUCAUACACACUUAUGGUAUUAUGCUCUCGGAGAAAAAAAUGCAGUUAGGGCAAACAAAGAUUGAUUUUCUUGGUAUGGUGAUUGUUGAUGGCAAGUAUGAUCUUCAGCCUCAUAUUGCUAAUGAGUUGCGAAAAUUCCCAGAUGUUCUCACAACCAAGAAAGAAAUACAACAGUUCUUGGUAAUUGCCAAUAACAUGAGCAGUUUUAUUCCCAACAUUUCUCAUGUCACUACUCCACUUUCCCAGAUGCAUAAGAAGAAUCCUCCUUCGUGGUCUGAAAAGCAAACAAAUGUAGUCAAGAGUCUUAAGUGCAGAUCCUUCCAUACAUUGCCGUUGAAGAUUCCUUAUUCUAGGCAACGAAUUCUUCAGAUGGAUACUAGUGACACUCAUUGGGGUGCAAUGCUUUUUGAACAAGAUGAUGACAAGGUAUGA